AUUUCUUAGUAAAUAAUGGUGAAUUACUCUGUUUCCUCUGACUCUUUACAUGUUCCACAGGAUAAACUGCAUAAGAAAGGGGUGUUUGACUCCAUAAGACGCGACUUCAUAGUGGCUUUCAGCCAAUGGGACUUUGAUCCUUUGGCCCUGACGAACCCAUUCUCGAAAGACAAAGACAAAUGUUCUUCAUCCUCUGUUCACAUAUGGCAAGGGUGUGAAGACAAGGUGGUGCCAAUGGAGUUGCAGAGAUUUGUGUCCCAAAAGUUGCCAUGGGUUAAGUACCAUGAAGUCACUCAAGGAGGUCAUCUGCUGGUGUACGAUAAGGAUACUUGUGAACUCAUUUUAAGGUCACUAUUGCUUGGCGAAGAAGAACAUUCUCAUUUCUUAUAUAAACCAUGUGAUGCUUCUGCACCAUCUUGACUUCUCUUUACUUAU